AUGGGGUGGGUGGUGUCCAAGCGGUGGGUCGACUUCUUCAACCCGGACUCCCAGUCGGUGAAGUGGGCCACGCCGUGGUCACGCGGAGCCAAGAACUUCGCCAACUUCACUGGCAAGCAAGGGUACCCGGACAGCAAGUUCUUCGCCCCCCUCGGCCUCGGUGGCGAGACCAAGGACGGCGUCUACAUGCCCGACAUCAAGAAGCCCGAGCGGGUGAAGGUGGCCGAGAUCAAGCACCCGUGCCUCGCCAUGCUUGCCAUGCUCAUCUUCUACUUCGAGGCUGGAAAGGGCAAGACCUCGCUCGACGCGCUCAGCCUAUAA